GUGGGCUAGGAGGCUUAGUCCGUGAUCGGAGUGGGAAAGGGGACGAUCAUGGCGCUACUCGAAGUGUGCGGGGCUCCCUGGGGGCGUCAGGUUUCUUGUGGCACGGGGGGUGGACGCCGCCAAGAUCCUGCACACUACAGCUUCUCCCUGAGGACCCCGGAACUGGCCGUCCCACGAGGGCUGCAGCCUCCUGAGUUCCUUCGUUCCCUGGAGGCAGAUCCUGCCAAUCCAGUCCGAAUUGAGAUGGCUCAUGGUACCACCACACUAGCCUUCAAGUUCCAGCACGGUGUGGUUGUGGCAGUAGAUUCUCGGGCCUCAGCUGGGAAUUAUAUUAACACUCUGCAUGUGAACAAAGUAAUUGAGAUUAAUCCUUACCUUCUGGGCACCAUGUCGGGCUCUGCAGCUGACUGUCAAUACUGGGACCGUCUCUUGGCCAAAGAGUGUCGGUUGUACCGCCUUCGGAAUGGGGAGCGCAUCUCUGUGUCUGCUGCUUCCAAGUUGCUGUCCAACAUGAUGUACCAGUACCGAGGCAUGGGGCUGUCCAUGGGCAGUAUGAUCUGUGGUUGGGACAAAAAGGGCCCUGGACUGUAUUAUGUGGAUGACAAUGGGACAAGACUCUCAGGGACUAUGUUUUCCACAGGCAGUGGAAACAGUUAUGCCUAUGGAGUCAUGGACAGUGGCUACCGGCCUGACCUUAGCCCUGAGGAAGCUUAUGACCUUGGCCGGAGGGCCAUUGUCCAUGCCACCCACCGGGAUAGCUACUCUGGGGGUUUUGUCAAUAUGUAUCACAUGAAGGAGGAUGGCUGGGUGAAGGUGGAGAGUUCAGAUGUUAGUAACCUAUUCCACAAGUACCUGAAGACCCAGGGCUGACUUUGGAGACUUCGGGAUUGACCCCACUAGGAAGACUCAGGAUGCUGAGGCAGCUGAGGCCCAGAAAUUGGAGAACAGGAUUCCCCCCAGCAGAAGAAAGGGCAGCAGCCUGAGCUCAACUGAGACAAAACAGACUUGAGGCACAAUUCAAUUUUCCAUUGUUUUUCUGACUUGGCAUUUUCUGUGCUCAGUCUUGUGAAAUAAAGUAGAUGCUUGAAAAAGGA